AUGAUUGUUGAUAACAGCAACAGAGGAAGUUUUUGUUUUUGUCAUGCACUGUUGAUUGCAAUGGAAGAUUUACUUGAACAAAGAAAACUGAAAGCAAAGAACUUGGUUUUUCGAGCAGAAAAAUUAAAAAAUGUUGAAGGGAAAGCAAAGCUGCAAAAGAAGAUAGUUGCUGAACAAGAAUUUUUAAAUUCGUUAGAAAAACGAUUGAAAGAUGACGACAACCAAGCAUUGGAAAAUAAUCUUAGAAGCAGCAAUCUAGCCCAUCUUGAAGCUUUGCUGACAACAGCAGAGGCAGCUAGUAAUUUAGACAGUAUUUUAAAGAAAAUUCCAUACCAGAUAAAUGAUAAAAUUAUCGGAGAAUUAGUCGUUGAUGUGGAAAGCCAACAUGGGAAAUGCUGGUUCAAAGUGUUUGCACGUAAUCCAAAUUCUUUGCAUAGAAUAUGGGAGGGGCUUGGUCAGUAUGGCGAUAAAGAUGUCUGUAAGGUUGCCUUAGAUUACAAGAAAGCAGCAAGCCAGCACCUGAUUCACUUUUGCCAACCAAAAAUUGUGUUUUUGUUUGCUUGCGGAGUGACAAAAUCUGUUGCUAAAGAUUUGGAAGAAAUGAGAGUUCAUGUUGUGGGGAACCAAAUUGAUGACCCAGAUUCAGAAUGCUUUGUGAAAAUUACAGAUGUAGCAGACUAUGAAUUGAUGCAGUCUUCGGUUAGUUCACUUGUGACUUCAUGGGAACUAAGCAUAAAUGCUGAAUCAAGUAUUAGUAAAGUCAAUCUUGAUGUCACUACACUAAUUGCCAUAGUUUCAUCACUGAGCAAUGGAAAUUGCCAUUUUGAAUUUGAGGAUGAAGUUUUAAAUGCACAGGCAGCAGAAGAAAGAGACAACCCUGUUCUCCCAUCCCUAAAUAAGUUUCUUCAUGGCAAAGACCUCUUUGCUUCAGAAACAGCCAUAAAUGCCUUCAACUCUAUUUUAAAGACAAUUGGUGGCAAAAUGGAACAUAAAAGAGCAGAAAAACUUGUUAAACAGUUGACUAUUGUUAAGGAUUCUCCAUCAGAAAGAUCUUUGCAACUUUGUAAGAGUGCCAGUAUUAACUCAAGGUCUAAGGUAAUAUUUGGGACUGGAGACUCAUUACAGGCAAUAACAACAACCGCUAAUAGGUCAGUUGUGAGGGCAGCCCAGAACCAGGGGGUUGCUUUCAGUGUAUUUCUACAUGCACCCAGGGCUUUGACUGAAAAAAAGGAAACAAAAGCGAGGGCUUUACAAUCAAAAUAAAUACCAUAGAAUGUUCUUGCGUUCUUUAGAAACAUUGACAUUCUCAGAAUAAUCCCAGUGAAACUGGAAUUAAUGAUAUAAAUGGUAAUGUACCAUUGCUGGUAAUUAAUAACUGGCUAUAACAUAUGGUAUAGGGUCGAACAAAUAUCAGUAACAGCAGCACACAUAAUGUUGUUAUGUCAUAAAAUGUUGUUAUGUCAUUAAACCAAUUCCAAAUGGUUAGCUUUUACCUACAAACCUUGAUACCAUAGACCACAGGAAACCUCUCUGGUGAAUCCCUGUACGACUGAGUAAAAUACCAAUUUCAUUGUUAUAUUUUUGCCCUGUGUUAGGUAUGAACUAUUCGUGUUGUAUCUUACCUCCUUGAAUUAUGUGUUUCUGCACUGCUGGUGCAAAUAUCAUAUACAUUUGAAAAAUGAUUGUUUGCAGUGAAGACAAUUUACAACUUUAUACAAGUCACAAAUUUAUCAUUCAUUAUCAAAUAUGAUACAAAAAUAUGAUUCUCUGUCAAUUAAUGCUAUGAUUCUCUGUCAAUUAUUAAAACUGCUAAGGUUACAAA